AUGGCCAGUACUCGUGAUUCCCACUCCUAUGCUGUAAGUUCACCGCGUUCGACUGUCCGAAGCCAGAAAGUCUCGGUUGUUGACUCGUCUUCCUUGAAGUGUGAUGAGUGCCGCAUGCGAAAGUCUAGGUGUUCCAAAGAACGACCAGUCUGUGCACAGUGCAAGCAAUUGAACAAGGAGUGCAGUUACAGCCCGAAGAUUACCCGGAGUCCUCUGACUCGACAACAUCUAACGUUCGUUGAAGAACGCCUGCAGGCUUUUGAAACAGCACUGGGGAGACUGUUUCCUGGCGGCGACUUGGAUGCCACUGUUCGUUCUCUGCUCCAAGACCAAGAUGUCGUGCAGAAGCCUGGGACUUCAUCCAAGUCCUCGUCAAGGCACUCGACUCCGGCCAAAGUGGAGGCAGAUCGGACCGAGCCAGCUCCAGAAGCUCUUCCGCAACAGGCGGACGGGUUUGACUGGGCAGAGAAUAGGAUCACAGUAGGCGACCUGACUGAUGGAAUGGCCGCAUUGUCUAUCAAACCCGAAGGAACUGGCUAUUUCGGGGCCUCUUCAAGUGUGGUGCCUCUUCGAGCAUUGCUGAAACAUGGCUUUGACCUCAACUUUCCUUCAGAACCGAACAAGUCAAACCUGACAACAAGAGUGCCGUUGAAAAGCCAACUUCUAAGCACUGCGCCUUCCGGGCUGAUCGAGCAAGCCUUCAUGGAUGCCUUCUUCCUCAACUACCACACCAGCUACCCAUUUGUACAUGAAGCGACCUUCAAAGCACAAUUCUAUGAACAGAUUCCCCGCCCACAUGGACAGGCGUGGCAGAUCCUCCUCAAUGCGAUAUUAGCGCUUGGAGCCUGGAGCAUUGGAGAUGAUAACUCAGACCUCGACAUUACUUUCUACCAGGAAGCCAGAAGCCAUCUGCAGCAAGUAUCCGUGUUUGAAACGGGGAACUUAACCCUCAUCCUGGCCCUGUUACUUCUUAGCAACUAUGCACAGAAAAGGAACAAGCCGAACACCGGCUGGAACUUCCUGGGCCUGGCUGUCCGAAUGGCGAUGAGUCUUGGGCUUCACAAGGAGUUUCCAGGAUGGAAGAUCAGCCUUCUGCAGCGUGAGAUGAGGAGACGGCUGUGGUGGGGCGUGUACAUAUUCGACAGCGGUGCGGCGAAGACUUUUGGCAGACCGAUUCUCUUACCGGAGGAUAGCGUUAUGGAUUCAAAGCACGUUCUUAACAUUCAUGAUGAGGCCCUUACAUCAACCACCACCACGCUUCCACCCGAAGUAAACGGACCCACCGUCUACUCCGGCAUGAUCGCUCAGGCAAAAUUCCACCUGCACUCCAACAGCGUCUACCAGCGCCUGAUCUCCACCCCGAGCCUCACCGCCGAGGAAACCCUCAGUCUCCAGGCCCCCAUGGAGGAGUGGUACAACGGACUCCCGCAUUAUUUCAAGCAGCCUAUCACCACACCGGAGUCGGACAACUUCGCGCUCGUCCGCAACAGGCUCAUGUGGCGCGACUGGAAUCUGCGCAUCUUGCUCUAUCGGCCCAUUCUCCUGCGCUGGGCGUCGAGGAGGUGGACGCCGAACCCCAACUCGCCGCCGGAACCCGAGGACCCGCUCGAAACGGAGUGCAGGAUGCUCUGUCUACGACAUGCACGGUGGACCAUCUCCUCCAUCUCUGAUUUUGUCAAUAAUCAUAUCUGCACGAGACUGGGGGCUUGGUAUAUGCUGUACUUCCUCUUCCAGGCGGGUUUGAUCCCCAUCAUCCUGCUCAUGACCGAUCCCACCAGCACAGACGCGCCCGCCUGGCUGCAGGAUGUGGAGACUACAAAGAAGCUGCUCACGCACCCAUCGCUGAGCAACAACCGACUCGCGACCCGCUGCCUGGACGUCGUCAAUAGACUCUGCUCCCCCGCCUACACCUCCGCCGUGACCGAGGGGUCGACUGCGCAGCCGCCGAUCCUGAUGCAGUUCUCGGACCAAUUGCUCAACAAUCCCAUGUUUGGGAGUAUGUUUCCGGACGUGGACCAAGAGCUGAAUAUCGGGGGCAUGGAUUUCUCGGACUGGGUGAACUUUACGCCACAUGCGGGGUUUCAAUGA